UAACUCCUCACUUCAUAGUGCUGCGUACUAAAAACAUCGGACGCUAGGGGAUCAAGACGCAUGCCACAUAGCCUCUAUGUGGGCACUUUAACAGAUCUUUCGGGGUUUUUUUCCCAGUAAGGGGGCUGUGGAGGGAGGACUUUUUUUAUUUUCAUUGUCUGAUGACUGUUUGCACGGCUGAUUAUUGAGUUGAUUGUUUAUUAUUUUUGGCUGUUGUUGCUCGCCGCCCUGCGCGUUUUUUCCUCCCUUUUUGGAAUCGGCGACCUACCCGCGCGCUCACCAAUGUCCUAUCCUCAGGGUUACCUCUACCAGCCCCCGGGCUCUCUGGCUCUUUAUUCGUGUCCGGCUUACGGGGCCUCGGCUCUGGCUGCCCCGCGGAAUGAAGACUUGGCGAGGUCGUCCUCUGGCUCAGCCUUCAGUCCUUACCCUGGAUCGGCUGCUUUCUCCGCCUCGGCCGGUGCAGGCUUCUCCAGUCCACUGUCAUACUCCACGGAUCCAACUACGGGAUUCCCAUCCUACAUGAGCUCUCCAUAUGAUGCGCACACGUCGGGCAUGGCCGGGGCAUUAAGUUACCACCCAUAUGGGAGUCCAGGGUACCCCUACCAACUCAACGACCCGGCUUACCGCAAAAACGCCACCAGGGACGCCACGGCCACCCUGAAGGCCUGGCUGCAGGAGCACAGGAAAAACCCGUACCCGACGAAAGGGGAGAAGAUCAUGCUGGCCAUUAUCACCAAGAUGACCCUGACGCAGGUCUCCACAUGGUUUGCCAACGCCAGGCGGAGGCUCAAGAAGGAGAACAAGAUGACCUGGGCGCCCAGGAAUAAGAGCGAGGACGAGGACGAGGAGGACGUGGAUGGGGAGAGGAAAGACGUGGAGCGCUCUGAAAAAACGCUGGAUAACAGCGAGGCUUCAGCGGAGGAUGAAGGGAUCAGUUUGCACGUCGACACUCUGACGGACCACUCCUGCUCGGCAGAGUCAGACGGGGAGAAGGUCAGCUGUCGUGUGGGGGAGCUGGGCUCCGAUCAGGCCGGCGACAAAUGCGACGAGGACGGCGAGGACCAUGACCACGACCCGCGGGCUCAGCUCUCGCCCAAAUCCGUCACAUCAUCGCCUCUAACCGGAGUAGAAGCUCCACUCCUCAGUCAUCACCAUCACCACCACCACCACCUCCAUCAUCUCCAUCAUCUCCACAGCCAGCGCGAGGAUUUGGCCCGGAGCCUCGUCAACAGCAACAAUAUUAACACCAAUAAAUCGUCUUCAUGCCUUGAUAGCAGACCUUCUUCGGGGGCGCCUCAGAACCCUACAGUCAAGCCCAAACUGUGGUCGCUGGCGGAAAUUGCUACCUCGGACCAAAAGCAGCAACAUCAGCAACUGGGGCAGCCUGGGCAACCAAAUUGCCCCUCCUCCAGCGGUGGCCUCCUCACCCCCCCUACGUCUUCCACCACCUCCCCGGCUGCCAGUUCCCCCUCCCUCUACCCGGCCCCCUCCAUCCUUGGAAGACCUAUUUAUUACACUUCUCCCUUUUAUAGCAAUUACACAAACUAUGGCAACUUCAGCCCCCUGCAGGGCCAAGGGAUCCUGCGGUACACUAAUUCAUCUGGAGUGAGUCUGGCUGCUGCCGCCGCCGCUGCCGCCGCUGCUGCUGCUGCAAACGAGGGUCUGAGCUCCUCUCACCAGGCUCUGGAGGCGAGCACAAACCCCAAACACAGGCCAGACUCUCCCCUCGUUAAAAAUAACCCAAACCAGAUUGUUGUUGUCGAGCAGCAGCAGCAACAACAGCAUUUCAGACCCGCAAAUUUAGAAGCAAAGAAAGGUACGUAAUAACAAACCAUGCGGUAAAACAAAUUGAUAACCAUUUUGAAAACGUAUUUAAACUGGUGUUAAAUCUUGAGAUUGUAUUUUUCUUAAACGCGGGGAGGCAAACCACUGGAAGUAAAAUGACUUCACUUGUUUGCAAUGCAAAUCAACUGGUUUUCUUUGUGUCACUUUCAUGUGUCAUAGUAGUCAAACCAUUGGAUGAGUGGCUGGUUCAAGAAUAUUAGGACGGUUUUUUCAAGCGAGUUUGCAGAGAAACAAGUGACAUCAUCUCACAAUAUUAUCCGAUUUUUCACUUGUUUUUCAAAUGAAAACAAUUUUAGGACUGAGUAUGAGACUAAAUGAUUUAUUAUUAAGAUGGAUAUUUUACAGUGCCGUCAAAGCGAACGUGUAUGGCCUACAAUUCGUUUCCAGUGCAUUUUUCUGGGAUAAACCAUUUAUAAUUGUCCUUAAUUUUUAACAACAUGAAUAUUUUGGUCUCUCAUUGAGUCAUUAAGGAACACAUUACAAAGCAGGGGUGUGAUAAGAUCAGCACACAGGACUGCACCUGCAGAUAGAGACGUUUAAAAUAAGUUCAUGAAGGACAGGCCUCAAAUCAGCCUACUCACGCGCGCGCGCGCAAGCACACACGCAUGCACGCGCACACACACACACACACACACACACACACACACACACACACUGGCAGCCUGUGAAUCCAAUAAGCAGAGAAAUGUUGCCAUAGCUUUGAGCAGGAAUCCUAUUUUUUAACGUUUCCUCUGAUGUGUGUGUUUUUGUGUGUGUGUGUGUGCGCGCGCGCAGAAACCUUAUCUUUCAGCCUAGGAUAAUUAUAAUUACACAGGGUCAGCCAAAAGCAAACAAAUCAGUUAGUUUGCUCUGUGCAUUCAUCGUGCAACUUUACAUCUUCAAAUGUCACUGAGGUUACUGUGGCGGUUACUUUCCCUGCGCACACUCACAGCGCUGCCUACAUGCCGCUGGAUGCUCUAUAGAUUUUUUUUUUCACCGGUAAUUAGGCAGUAGGGAUUUUUAAUAAGCACUUGCAGUAUGGAGCUGUUUUUGGGCAGAGCCAGCCCUGAGAAAACUUUGUGUUUCCUGGAGGUUGCGGAGGGUAUCGGAUCAUUUGAUCGUGUGGGAUUUUUAUUUCCAUGGUCUGCAGGUAGGUGUCACAAUUGCUUUGACUAUAAAGCGAGUCAGGACACCACCUUUUGGCCCCACGUUUUAACCCCCGUAACCUUUACUCCAGACCAGAUCUAGUGCCACCAUUUAGUCGGAAUAAAAAGCUGCUACCGCUCCCUCAGCUCCACACAGGCUGGGACACACCACAGCACACGUUUGUCACAUGAUUAUUGUAUUAUUUCAGUUUUUUGUUUUUUCUUUUUUGUUUUUUUUGAUGCAUUGUUGAAAAUAAUUUCAUAUGCUGGUUUGAGAAAAGAAAAUAUCUCCCAUUAUAUGUGAUUUACAUGUUAUUUCUCAGGUUCCUAUAGUUUGCUUAUUUGCCACGGUAUAUUGUUUUAUUAUAUAUUCACGUGUGGAAAAAAAACAUAAUUUGGCCUUUCUGUGAAACCGUAUUUGUAAAAGGAGGUGUCUCUGGGACGCAAAGCGGACGGGACUGACGUGAACUUGAGGACUUCAAAGUGGAAUAGCCUACAUUUGAUAUUUAUUUUUUUAAAUGAUGGCGAAAUGAUGCCUAUAAUUUAUGCAAGUUGUAUUGCAAAAAUGGGAAACUGACAUCGUCUGUUCGUUUUGUAAAUAUAUAUAUUAUGGACGGUUUUUAUUUGAGACGCAUUUGGGGGGGGAAAGCUACACAAUCUUGUUAUCAGGAGUACUUUUACUAAUUUAUAUCUUUGAAUGUAAAUAAAAUAAAACGCGCUGGUAUAGAUGUACCGGCGGGGUAUGAUAUGAUAUCCAUUAUUCAAAGGAGAAAAUAUUAAACU